GCAAUGCAUGACGGGAAAGGAGCGGAACGGAGACGACAGACAGUGCGCGUUUGUUUUGCUGUUAGGCUUGUUCUUAUGUUCCGUAAAUAAGCAUUGCUACUAAUAUAAAUGUAUUAUCUGCAUGUUUUUCAAAACCGACGAAGCUAUUGAAUACCUCUCUACAUAAUUCAAAGUGGUGGACAGUUUACGACUGCUUUUUCGAAGUAGUGAAAUAAUGAGCUACCGUGACGACUAUGGCAGCAUUGGUCAUGGCGUGGCCAACGCAUGCUGCUGCCCAGUGCACCCGCCCGCUGCUACCAGCAGUACGAUGAAUUUCAGAGAUGACCUGUCACGGGAAAGAGACAGGGAGCUUAGGAGUGACAGAAGCCGUCCAUGGGAGAGAGACUACGGCCAUGGCAUAAACAUGGACGGAGACCAUAGGGAUCGUGAUUGGGAAAGUGGUCGUGCCCGUUAUGAUUCGACUCCUCCCAGGCGGGCAUCUUGUGAUCCGGAUUACCGUGCCCUCGACGACUUGGAUCGCCAUCGUCGUAGUGGUUACUUUGAUGAAGAUUGGGACAGAUCUCCAAGAAGAGAGAGAGAUUCGGAUCUCGGCAGGGAUUGGGACCUUCUGUGUCGGGACCGCAUGUGGGAGCAGGACAGGAUUGAUCGUUUGCAGCAGCUAGAUGAGAUUCCAAACAGUACCAUAAUGGUGCGGGGCAUUCCAAUGGAUACCACAGUUGCUGAUCUGAAAAAUGAAGUCACAAGAUACGGUCUCGAACCAAAGGGCAUACGACUCAUGAUGCCAAGAGACACGGGGAGCAGGGAUGUUGGUGACCUGCAUUGCCCGACGUACUACAGCACUCCUGAGAACGUGCCCUUUACAAUGGACAGGAGUGUUCGUGGGGGACUAGAUAUGAAUGAUUGGAAUUGUGCCAAGUGUGGAGUGAGCAACUUCCAACGGAGGGGCAAGUGUUUCAAGUGUGGUACUCCAAGAGAAGAAGCUGAUACUGCACUCUUGGAUGAAGACUACGAGGAAAUCAGCUCAGUUCCCACAAAGAUUAAGGUUCCCCAGAAACAGAUUCCCAGAAAUACCAGGAUGCCAAGAAAUGCAAAUGUCAUAAGAAGUCAUUGAGCAGUGAAAGAUUCCACUGACUGGCAGGGCGUAUACAACCUGGAAAAUGUCAAGAAUCCUGAAAUCAGAUUUUGGUAAGAGCAUGUGUUGUAACCAGGGGUAGAUCAUGGUAGGGUUCAGAUUGAGGUUCAGCCCACCUAAAUUUCUGUCAUAACCGAGUGCUUUAAAUGAUCAUCGGCAGAGCAUGCUACAUUACUCUCCUAGACCACACCCCCAACUUAGAAAAAUCUUGGAUCUGCCCCGUGGUUGCAAUGCACAACUGCAGCAUUGCGUAACAUCUUUCAUAUAAUUUGUCACUUGUACUGUGGAGGCUUUCCAAUACAUUUCUUUUAAAUUUCUGGUACAUAGUUGGCUGCGAUUGUGUCUUAUAGCAAAUCGUGAAGAUGUGAUUCUUCACUUCACCAUGUACCCAGAAAGAAUUGGCAGGAUGAAGUUUGUGCUGCCUCUGCUCAGGCACUGCCGCACACUUGUUGCCAAAAUUUUUGAGGAAGUUGCUACGUAUUUUGUUUUGCAGAGGUCUCUACAACUGGCAAGAAAAGCGACGACUGCUAUAAACCUCUUCGAAGCAUUGCAAACCUGCAUGGUGUAUGUUGCGAGAUACACUUUCAGCAAAGAUCUGCAUGUAGAAUUGAAAUGGACUAUCCUUGACCGAUAGUUCAUUUGGACUAUCCAUUUGGACCAUUAGGACUACCGAUGCGCCAUCUAUUAGGCAAGAGCAGAGGCCGCAGCGCUCCGCCUCCCGAGUCCUCCUAUUGGCGCGCCAUUUGGAGGAGGAGCCUCCCUCGCUCUUGGUCAGCAAAGUCAAGGAUAGUCAAUUACAUCCUCUUUUUCGUACUAAAAUGCUACAUAAUGAACAAAGCUAUAUGAGGGGAUUUGGUUGUGCAAUAUAUUUUGCUAAUGUUGUACCACAUUCCAGUUAAAAAGAAACUUCAUAAUAAAAAUGUUAUGCACUA